CCUCGAUGGUGGCCAUCUACCUUCCCAGCAUCCUUGCACUCGCGGCUGUCGCACUCGCUGCUCAAGAGGCACCGGCCGACGCCAUGACCUUCAAGAGACCCGACGACUGCGACGACAACCGUGGUGGCGGCGGUGGCUGGAACUCGGGCGGCGGCUGGAACUCGGGCGGCGGCAAGUGGAACGGCGGUGGCGGCGGCGGCGGCUGGAACAAUGGUGGCGGCGGCGGCUGGAACAAUGGUGGCGGCGGUGGCUGGAACAACGGUGGUGGUGGCUGGGGUAAGCGCACUCCGUGCCCGCAGCCCGGCCCUAACCCCGGCCCCAACCCCGGUCCUCAGCCCGGUCCCAACCCAGGUCCUCAACCCGGUCCCAACCCAGGUCCUCAGCCCGGCCCCAACCCCGGUCCCCAGCCCGGUCCCAAUCCCGGUCCCAACCCAGGCCCGCAGCCCGGCCCGAACCCCAGCCCUUACAACCCGCCCGCCCCUGGUCCUCAGCCCGGUCCCGGCCCGCAGCCUGGUCCUGGCCCGCAGCCUGGUCCUGGUCCUCAACCCGGCCCUGGACCUCAGCCUGGUCCGGGCCCGCAGCCUGGUCCCGGUCCUCAGCCUGGCCCGCAACCCGGUCCUGGCCCGCAACCGUACAGUCCCGGUGUGACGCAGGGUGCAUCGUGGCAGCGCAACCUUCGCCAGAACUAGUCAUUUGUCGGCAGAUCCUUUGUGCUCUUUAUGUUUCUCAUCACUCGUUGUAAUUCAUCAACCUUUUUCUACAA